GCAACAGGUGAUGCCGCAGGUCACGUGAUCGUGUCCUCUGGUUUUUAGUGCAGCUCUCAGUCAGACUGUGUCAGUGUUUGUGAAGUGAACAGAGGAACAUGGCUUCGCCCUUUCUCAGCUUCUCCCUCCUCUUCAUCAGCGUCUACGCAGCAGAUGGAUUUCGGGAAUACAUGGUGACCAGCUGUUUGUUUAGCUCCACUAAGCUGGAAGACAUCGAGUUCAUCGACUCUUACUAUUACAACAAGAUGGAGCUCAUCACGUUCAACAGCACUGUGGGGAAGUACGUUGGAUACACUGAGUUUGGUGUAAAGGACGCAGAGCGCUGGAACAGUGGUCCAGACUUGGACCAGGAGAAAGCUGAGAGGGAGAGGUACUGUCUUCACAACGUUGGAAUCUUCUACCAAGCUGCUCUGACUAAGUCCGUUAAGCCCUAUGUGGUGAUGAGCUCUACGACGCCCCCUGCUGGUAAACGUCCCGCCAUGUUGGUCUGCAGCGUCUUCGACUUCUACCCCAAACAGAUCAGAGUGAGCUGGCGCAGAGACGGACAGGAAGUCACCUCUGAUGUCACUUCCACUGAUGAGCUGGCAGAUGGUGAUUGGUACUACCAGAUCCACUCUCACCUGGAGUACGCUCCCAGGUCUGGAGAGAAGAUCUCCUGUGUGGUGGAGCACGCCAGCCUGAAAGAACCUCUGGUUACUGACUGGGAUCCGUCCAUGCCUGAGUCAGAGAGGAACAAGAUCGCCAUCGGAGCCUCAGGACUGAUCCUGGGUCUGAUCUUAUCUCUGGCUGGAUUCAUCUACUACAGGAGGAAGGCCCGAGGAAGGAUUCUGGUUCCCACUAACUGAGGCAGGAUCCUAGUCCUGGACCCGGUCCUGGUUCUGCACCUGUUGCUGUUUGUCAGAUGGAAGACAAAUCAGCUGCUGCUUCAACUUGCUUUCUGUUUACAGCUCAGCAGACUGUCAGUGCUGCCACCUGCUGGACUGGCUGAACAGCUGAUUAUCUGAUGGUCUCUGCUGGUCUAAACCUGAUCCAGGACUGUAAUCUGAUAGUCACCUGGUGUAAACCCGAUCCUGGACUUUUUAUGGUGUAUGUCACAGUGCUGUUCUUUGCCUCAACAUUUUGUCUUUCACUGUUUGUGCACUAAAUAUCUGAGAUGUUCACUGGAUCAGGUUUAAUCUGGUCUCUGGUUUACCAGCUGGAUCUGAGCUCUGCUUCACCUAACCCUGAUAUGCUGCUUGACUGUGUGAAAUCAAUAUUUUACAGCCAUUAACUGACUUAUUAGCUCUUCUUUGAGAUCAUGUAAUCACUGGUUGUAAUCAUUUUGGGGUUCCAGUGAGAUUGAUAGAUUUGUUAAUAUCUGCUGGAUUUGAACAUUUGAACAACAAUAAACGAUCGGAAAAGUCUGACAGACUGUGGUGUUGAAGAAGAUGUGUGUUAGUAUUAAUUAAAAUAUUUUAUAUUUUAUAACAAUUGUCGUUCUUUGUAAAUCUGAACGAGAAAUGUGAAGGAAACGGGGACAGACACACUCAUUGUUCUAAGAUUAAACAGCUGAAAUGAUCACA